GGAAACAACACACAACAUUAUAGAUACACCUCUCCUUGGGGUCUGAAGAGCACAUGUACACAGGACAUCUCCAAAUAUGGUGGAGUGCGAAGCUAUUCCUGUGGCUAUUAUCUAUAUCUAUAUGGGUGGCUACUACUUUCAUGAUUGUACCCAGCAGCCCUUAAUUCCGGUGUUUCUGAUCGUGUUCGGUGUCUUCGUGUACAUCUGUGCCAGGGUUUCAGAUAUCUCUGCUAAGAAAGAGAGUCACUGGUUCAGUAAGGCAUUGACCAUCAUCCUGUUUUUACUCCUGUUCUGCUGGUUCAUUACAGGCCAAGUUUGGAUUUACUCCAUCUAUCCUCCCAACUACAACAAUCCUGGCUACAAUCAAACCACUUACUGCCACAAGACCCUGUAUCGCUAUUCCUUCAGCACCUCUAUCUUAAUAAUAGUGACAUUUCUGGUGCAUUUGAUCUACAUAGCAGUUUGUUUACGUAACCGUAAUCGCUGUGAUAGUCAAGGGACUGGGAUAGAGGUUCCUGUCUGAAGAGUGUGUGCCUGAGGCUCCUUGCUGGAAACAGCCAUCUAAUUCACGAUUAAAUUAAUUUGUUUGGACAACUAAUGUAGCCUACUACUUACACAACACAGCACAGCACAACACACAUUAUCCAUUAUAGGUUGUGAAAUAUCCAUACACAUAAAUCUGAAACCGCUAUUUAUGCUAAUUACUCCAUUCUGUAUGUUAUUCCAAUUGUUUAACAAGUGAUUUCCUGGUGAGCCUAGUCCUAUGCUGACACUGUGUUGCAUUGCAUUGCACGGUCAUACAGUUUGUUAUGUAAAAAGUGGUAAAUUAGGUAAAUGUGCAUAAUUCCACUUGCUAUUGAAAGGUAACUUUUCAUUUGGUUUGUAGUUUCCAUAUGAGACAGGCUUUUUUCUGUAACACAAGCGCCAUUGGUGCUAUUCUGCAAACUUUAGGGUAAGUUCUUCCACACCAUCACCAUUCAUUUCUUUACAGUUUUUUUUUACCACUGUAAACUGGGGUUUAAGUAUUCUUAGGCCUGUAGACCCUUUCAACUGCAGAAACAAGUGUUCCUAAGGUAUUUGGAGGCACAGAAAAAAAUAAUUGAGCUAACGGUAACUUGUCAUUUCUGUCUUACAAGGCAAA